UUUGUUUCAUCUUCUUACAAUUUGUGAAUGAAUCAUGGUAAAGGAUUCGAAGAAUGUGGGACGAGCAACGCCAGCGAUCUUGAGAAGCCAGAGUUCCAAGACAACGGAACGGGCUGUGGUAAUGGCUAGUAACAUUGAGAAUAUCCCCAGAGAAUUAUUGGUUGAAAUAUUAUCUCGUAUUGCAGAAAGUUCGUUUACAGAUAUUCAUAACGCCAAGUUGAGUUGUAAAUAUUUUCAUGAAGCAGCAGAGGACACGCAUGUAUAUCGGCAUAUGUCGUUAGACGAUUUUUCAUUGGUACCAUGGAACCCCCUCAGUGAAAAGCAACAAGCAUUCUUAACUAAGUGCAAAGAGUGUCAGAAUCCAGAGAUCAUGUACAGACAAGGAGUGCUCGACUACUUCACUGGAAAAAGGCCUGAAUCAGCACUCAGCCACCUCCAAAGAGCCCUGAACGCGAACCACAUCGGAGCUUUAUACGUUACGUGCAUUAUUCUUCUCUUUAGUGGAGACGAUGAGCUGAAAGCAGACGGUGUGAGGUUGAUGGCCGAAAUGAAGAAGUCUAAGUAUGUGAGGAGAAAACUGAAGGAGCAUCGCGAGAAGCUGAAGAACAUGCUGAGGUUAAUGUGGGUGGAGAAUCCGGCUCUGAGGCAUCGGCCGGUGUGCUGUACCAGACAAGAUAACCAUAGGAGGAAAAGGGGUUGGGUGGACAUUAUUGAUGACGAGGAAGAUGUGCACUGCGAAGGUUGUAGUGCAGAUUGUGAGAUUAGGUUUCUUGCUGAUAGUUUACCUCAAUGGUGAUGGUUG